AACUGAGUAACAUUGUUACUUGGUUGAUAUAAUUAGAAUUCACCUACCAAACGCGCAUGCUCAGUCUUUCAAGAGCAUCUAUAAAAAAUGGCGGAAACAAAUCAAUUUAUGGUAUCUGUAGCCAAAAUAGAUGCUGGAAUGGCAAUUCUGCUAACACCCUCAUUUCACAUCAUAGAGUUCCCAUCGGUUUUGCUGCCGGAAAAUGUAAAAGCAGGAUCCAUUAUUGAUAUGUCCGUGCGCCAUAAUAAAGAAGAGGAAGCUGCACGUGAAAAGGAAUUUGAUGAUAUUCAGAAUGAAAUCUAUGAAGCCUAUGGUCAAAAUCUUCCUUCAGCACCUGUUUUGAGGCUAAAAAAUGUCACCCAAACGAGUAUCGUUUUAGAGUGGGAUGCUCUACAGUUAGGAACCUCGAGACUAAAAAGUCUCUGUCUUUACAAAAAUAAUGUUCGUGCUCUAAACAUCACCAAUUCAUUGACGACACAACAUGCAAAACUUAGUGGGUUAUCUUUGGAUACGGAAUACGAAUUUUCGCUCGUCCUCGACACUACAGCAGGGCGUUUUAGCAGCAAACACAUUCCAGUUAAGACCCUCCGAAUGAUUGAUUUGACCGGUAUUCAAGUCUGCGUUGGUAACAUGAUUCCUGAGGAAAUGCAAGCUUUGCAAAAAUGCAUUGAAAGGAUUCAUGCCAAACCAAUUCAAACGAGUGUUCAAAUAGAUACAACCCAUUUCAUUUGCUCUUCUGUCGGUGGUCGUGAGUACGAACGCGCAAAGGCCGCUAACAUUCCUGUACUUGGUGUUGACUAUCUUUUGAAAUGUGAGUCAGAAGGAAGACUUGUUAAUGUUAGUGGCUUUUACAUGGAAAACCGUUCUGGAGGUUCUUCAUCUGUAAAUAUUAGUCAUGUAAAUGAUGGUACCACGCAAACCCCGGUCGCUCAAAACCUUGAAAAACCACCUGGCAAUCCUACCUCUAUCGUCGCAAAUAUAGCAGAACCUGAAGCCCCUGUGGAUCAACCUAAGGAAGAUCUUCCUAAAACGCAACCCGAAGUUCCGGCCAAUGAGCAUGCAACGAAACAACAGAAAGAGCAGGGAGAAACACAGGUGAAGGAUGAAACAGGCAUUUCUUCUAAGGAACCCUCUAGCUCUACGAAUCCAGGAAAUUCUGCUGAGCAGUCUGUCGAUGUAUCCAGUGAUAUCGUUCCACCUAAUAAGACUCUCAAUAAGUCUCAAAGCACAGUUCCUAAUAGUGCAAAUGAGGAAGGAAAGAUCAGCAAUAAAGACGAGUCGAAUGAUGCCAACGUAAAGGAAUAUGAGCAGUCCAAGCAAGGUGCUGUUUCACGAAACAAUAUGGAACCUAUUCAAGAAGGCGAUGAACCUGAUUCCACGAUGAAAAACAGUACGAUUGUGAACCCAGAUGUUGGUGAGCGUGAGGCUUUGGUCGGACAAGAAGAAUCAGCAGGUCCUUCUAACGAAGUUGACGAAGGGAAUAAUGUUGAAGCAAACGUUAACAACCAGAUACAGGAAAGUGCUUCUUUGAAGGACGAUGAUGAUCCAAAGCCUGCUGAAGAAACUGCUGAUGAGAAGGACAGCGUGAAAAAAGCAAAGCAGGAGGAAGAUACGAAUGUGGAUAAUGAAAACAGAAACUUAAAUAAAGAAACUGAAAAUGAAAACCAAGUUAAUGACAAUCAUGAUUCGUCUACGGGAGAAAGGACAUCUGAAGAUGCAGUUGAACCUCAAGCUAAGUUAGAUCCAUCAGAAGAAUUCGAAAGUGUGAAUCUUGGUUAAGGAUUUUAAUGUUAUUUUGCUUUCAAGCUAUAUUUAUGCAUUUUCUGGGUUUUAACAUUCUACGAGUAUUCUCCAUUUUUCCGAUCUUUUGAUUAAAGGCACACGUACUCCGUUUUGGACGGUGACCGUUUGAUAGCCUCGCAGUCGUCUAGUCCAUGGUAACACAUCUAAAUAGAUAUUGUUAGUAUUCGAAUUCAUGCCAAGUUAAUUUCUUUUUUAUUUUUUCUUUUAUCUUUGACAAUGGCUGCGUUCCAUCGUAUUAAACACACCAUUUCCAACAUGAUAAAAGCUUGUUUUCGCGUACAAUAGUGUAUCCGAAACUCUGAGUUUGGUACUUCUUCCACACUAAUUAAUGACUCUUCUUUCCCCCCUUUACUUAACAAGGCAUAAUGCCAUACAUUAGGAAACGUAGUAUAGAGUUGCUGGAUACCACUGAAGGUUAUUUGAAGAAGUGUUCGUUUCAAGAACUGUGCGUCCUUACAAGAAGGAUCAGUACAAACUGGGAUUUGAGUAUAAAUGGCUAACUGGGUCAAGUACUUUUCACCGUCUUGUUCGAACGCGAUUAAAGUCGUAGUUAAAAAGUACAUGUUUGAUUUUUAUAGACUCUAUUGUUUAAUGUCUUGUUUUUCUUGUUGUUUCAUGAAAUUUACGCGUCGAACUAAAGUACGUGUCGGUAAAGGAUUGAACAAAGGAAUAUGGUGUUGGACUAUAAUGGGAACAAACGCGAUUUGGCAGUUUUCCGUUUGUCUUAUGUUUUUAUACAAAAAAUAGUAGAAAGAUAGUAAAUUAAAAAUAACCAGAAGAAUUCUGCCUUGCAAAAG